AUGGCGAUGACCUGCGAGAACUGCGGUCUCAAAACAAACGAAGUGAAGAGCGGAGGAGCUAUCAAGGAUCACGGCUGUCGGUUAUCCUUAACAAUCAAAGAGGUCGGACCAGGCGCCCUGUGUAGUCGCUUUACAACCGUCGAAGGUCUUCUCACGGCUACUCGGGAGCAGUUGUCUUCUCAGUCGUCGUUUUUCAUGGGUGACAGCGCUUCCAGUGGCGAAAGAAGUCAGAUUGAGCAGUUCCUUGACCAGUUUGACGACAUUCUCAGUUUGAAAAAGGGUAUCACUGUGGUGCUUGACGAUCCAGCGGGCAAUAGUUAUAUUCAGAGUUUGACUGCUCCAAUGGAAGAUCCGCGCUUACACAAGGAGUUUUAUCAGCGAACAUUCGAGCAAAAUGACGAGUUGGGUCUGAAUGAUAUGAAGGUGGUUUUCUGA